AUGUCCAGCUCGGACUGUCUUCCUGACUACCCGCUCCACUCGGAUCUGGUGAAGAGAUUAAAGUCCUCCCUGGAAGCCGGGGAUGAGAAGGCAGUGCUGGAUUUGAUCUGUACUGAAGUGAAGCAUGUGAAUGCUAUUAUUGAACUAGCCAAUGAUGACUGGAUGAAAGAGCCCGAUGCGCCUCUGCACCCCUUGGUUCUAGUAGGAGACCUUUCCCACCUCCAGCCACUGAUGGCCCAACACUAUAGAGAUGCCAAUGUGGUCUUUGAGAUCAAUAAGAAUGAAAUGGAAUGGCAGGUGAAAUCUCCGGCCACUUUUGGACUAUCAGGUCUCUGGUCCCUGGAGUACAAGAGAGAGCUCACCAACCCGCUCUGCAUCACUGCCAGUCAUGGCCACACCGACUGUGUACGCCACCUGCUGCGCUGGGACGCUGAUGUCAAUGCAGCCCCAGGUGGGAAGAGUGCCCUGCACGAGGCCUGCCAAGGGGGUCACACAGACUGUGCAGAAUUGCUCCUGGAACACCAGGCUAACCCCAACCUAAUGAGCGAGGAGGGCUUGGCUCCACUCCACCUGUGUACCUCCCCAAAUACUCUCGGAUGUGCCCAGAUGUUGGUGAAGCAUGGUGCCUGGGUAAACCAAGCAAGCAGCGAGGGCCAAGAAAGCCCCCUUCACAUUGCAGCAAAACAUGGUCUCGUGGCUCAUACUCUCCUUUACCUACGACAUGGGGCCAGUGUGGACGCUAGGAACAGACAUGAAGAGACACCCCUCAGCGUGGCUUGUGGCCAAGCCCGGGAGCCCCACGGCCAGGAGCCGUACUUGGAGGUGUGCCGCCUACUGCUGCGCCAUGGUGCAGAUGCCAAUGCCACUGACGAGGAAGAGAAGAGUCCCCUCCACAAGGCCUGCAAGAAUGCCAGCCACUGCCUGGUCCAGCUGCUGUUACAGAAUCGAGCCAAGGUGAAUGUUUUUGACUACAAUGGCACCUCCCCCAUGGCCUGUGUUCUGCAGAGUGCCUCCUUCAAAAGGGAGUGCAGACCCCAUCAGACGGUGCAAACACUCCUCAAUCAUGGCUCCCAGAGGAUCUGGCCAGGAGCUUUUGAGAAG